CUAUGUUCCGACAUUAGAGUUUUCUCGGGUGACAAACAACAACUCCUAGUUUUUUCUUCUAGUUAAUCAGUAAUCACCUUCAUGCUAAAUGCUUCCGCUCAAUGUUUCACGUCAACUUUUUCACGUUUUCGUCACUCCCAUCUCUCUUUCCGCUCAAAUUCCACUUCUUCAUUCUCUUUUGCCCACAGCAUUCAUAGCCAUGAUCUCCAACCACAUCCUUCUCGUGCCACCCACAAUGAAGUUCUUGAUUUCUUCGAUUCAUUUCUUAAGCAAUGCACUAAAACCCAACACUGCAAACAACUUCAUUCCCAAGUUAUCGUCUCGGGCGCUCACCGUUCCGGUUUCUUGGCCUCUCGGCUUGUCUCGGUUUAUUCCCGCCUGGGGCUUGUUGGUGAUGCCCAGAAAGUUUUUGACGAAUUCCCAGUUGAGAAUUGCUCAAACCUGCUCUUAUGGAAUUCAAUUGCGAGAGCUAAUGUCAGUCAUGGGCUUUAUAAAGAAGCGCUCCAACUGUUCGAUAAAAUGCGAAAGCUUGGAGUUUGGCCUGAUGGCUUUACUUUCCCUUUGAUUAUUAGGGCCUGCGCUUUCAUUGGUAGUCUUGCUUUGUGCAGGAGAGUUCAUGGUCUUGUUUUGCAGAUGGGUUUUCGGAAUCAUCUUCACGCUGUGAAUGAGUUGCUUGGAAUGUAUGGGAAGCUCGAGCGAAUGGACGAUGCGUGUCUGUUGUUUGAUAGAAUGCCUGUUAGAAGCUAUGUUUCUUGGAACACUAUGAUUUCGGGUUAUGCAUAUAACUAUGACUGUGUUGGUUCUAGUAAGAUGUUUGAACGGAUGGACUUGGAAGGUUUUGAGCCUAACUCUGUGACUUGGACGUCGUUGUUGUCGAGUCAUGCCCGAUGUGGGCGACGUGAUGAGGCCGUGGAGUUGUUCAGCCUGAUGAGAUCGACAGGAGUUGGGCCAACUGCUGAAGCACUCGCUGUUGUUUUAUCUGUAUGUGCUGAUUUGGCUUCUGCUGACAAGGGUAAGAUGAUUCAUGGUUAUGUUGUAAAAGGUGGUUUUGAAGAUUACUUGUUUGCGAAAAAUGCUUUAAUAUGUAUGUAUGGGAAAUGUGGAUUAUUGGAACACGCUCAAAAGGCCUUUUUGGAGAUGAAAACCAAGAAUCUAGUUAGUUGGAAUACUUUAAUAUCAUCUUACGCUGAAUCUGGUUUAUGUGAUGAGGCUUUUGAAGUAUUUACCCAGUUGGAGAAAUCUUGUGGCUAUCCGAUGGUGAGGCCUAACAUCAUAAGUUGGAGUGCUGCUAUUUGUGGUUUUGCCUUGAAGGGGAGAGGGGAAGAGUCUUUGGAGCUCUUUCGGCGAAUGCAGCUAUCAGAAGUAAUGGCCAAUGGUGUGACUAUUUGUAGCGUUUUAUCUGUCUGCGCUGAGUUAGCUGCACUAAACCUCGGUAGAGCAAUUCAUGGUUACGUUAUUAGGUUUAUGAUGGAUAGCAACAUUUUGGUAGGAAAUGCCUUGAUUAACAUGUACACAAAAUGUGGAAGUUUCACGGAAGGUCAUAUAAUAUUUGAGAACCUAGAUGGUAAGGACUUGAUUUCUUGGAAUUCCAUGAUUACUGGUUAUGGAAUGCAGGGGCUUGGUGAGACUGCUCUGAAAAUUUUUCAUCAGAUGAUUGAAUCCGGACUCAAGCCAGAUAAUGUCACCUUUGUUGCCAUUCUUUCUGCUUGUAGUCAUGCGGGGCUCAUCACCAAGGGCCGUUCUCUUUUCAAUCAGAUGAGCAGAGUUCAUGGAGUUGAGCCCCAAAUAGAACACUAUGCAUGCAUGGUGGAUCUUCUUGGUCGUGCUGGGCUGGUGCAAGAAGCAAGCAAAAUCGUUGAGAACAUGCCAAUAGAACCCAACGCUUACGUUUGGAGCGCUCUCUUGAACUCUUAUAGAAUGUACAGAAACACAUCUUUUACAGAGGAAACUGCAGCCCACUUUUUCAAUCUGAAUUCGGAAGGGACUGGGAGCUACAUGCUGCUGUCAAAUAUUUAUGCUGCAAGUGGGAGGUGGGAAGAAUCUGCGAGGGUGAGAAUCUCAGCAAAGACAAAGGGUUUAAGGAAAACUCCGGGGCAGAGUUGGAUUGAGGUGAAUAAGAAGGUUUAUGUGUUCUCAGCUGGCAAGGCUGCACACACAGGUUUGGAGUCGGUAUGCGGAAUUCUUCAUCGGUUGGCGCUUCAAGUGGAGAGUGAAGGCCAUGUGCCUCAUGGCAGAAUCAGUCUACAGAAUGUUGAUGAUAAAGAAAUAAACAUGGUGGUUGAGGUGCCUUGACAAGCUAGAGAAUACUAAUAGCCACCAGGUCGUUCGUAUCACUAGGAAGAUCUUUUACGUUUCUCGAUUGACAAAUUCUUUCCGAAGAUGAAAUAUGAUUUUUUUUUUUACUUGCCAUUUCAAUUUCGACGAUCCUAUAAGAAUGAUUACAAUAGGAUCAAUGAUAAUCCCCCUUGAAAAACCUCAUUCUUCCAACAAUUAUAAUAGUUUCUA